AGUGAAUAUACAUAUGUGUCAUGGCGCCAAAAUCUUAUACUAUUAAUGAAGGAUGAAAAAUAUUACACAGUAUUUUGUGGACACUGUAAAAUCUAACGAUAGUAUAUCGAUACACUCUAGUGAUGAAGUAAAAGAAGAAACAGAAUGUAAAAAAGAUUCUAAACGAAAACGUAAUCGUGUGAAAAUUAAAAUAUCCCGAACGAAUGCAAAAGAAAGUGUAUGCGACAUCAUAGAGAGUAGUAGUGAUAUGAUUGAUAAAACACCUAGUCCAUUUGCAAAAGUAAAUAAUGUAUCUAAAAAUUUACAUGAAACACCUAAAAGGGUUUCUUUAUCAUCAUCAAAAAAGUACAACAAAUUAUCAGACAAAUCAUUAGCUUUAGAAACAAACAAUUUAAAUAUUAAGGACAAAAAGCAUAAUAAGAAAAAUAAUUUUAAAAUUUGUUUAAAUAAUAAUAAUAAAAAAUGUAAAAAGGAAUUAAGUAGUAAAACAAGUAUUGACCAUGAUGUAAGUAUACAUGGUAUAAUAAAAAAUAGGACAAAUACUGAUAAUAUAGAUUUAUUAAAUGUUAAUUGUAACAAUGCAAUUCGAAGUAAUCGUGAAGAUUCAAAUGCUUUCCAAAUUCUUAUGAGUCGUAACAAACCAGUUCAGUUUGUUUCACCAACAAAAUUUCUUCUUCAAAGUGAAGAUGUUAAUGCUAAGAAAUCAGAAAAAUGUAAAGAAAAAUUAAAACAUUCUAAAGCAAAACUAAUAGCUUUAGCUGAUAAAAAAGGAUAUUCUAGAAGAAAACUUGCAGAGAUAGAAGAAGGUGAAAAAAUUGAACGUAUCAUACAGAAUCGUAUGAAAUUUUUUAAAGAAGGAGAGAAAAAAGAUACACCAACUACAACUGUUUUAAGUCAUAAACAACCACCUGGCAAUUUGUUAAAUUACUUCAGCAAAACUCCAGUGGAUUUAACACAUGCAGAUAUUGCAAAUAUGUCUCCCAUUGUGGUAAAAGCUGAUGUACAUAUGACUGAAAAUUCUAUUAUCCAUAAUUUACAUAGAUCAAAUUCAAAUAAUGGAAUACAAUCAAGUAAAGAAAAUAAAAGGUCAAAUUUACAAUUCUCUGAAAUGGAUGACAUUAGUAUCAUAGAAUCUGAAAACAUUGAUAUCUCAAAUAAUAAAAAAAAGCAGCAGGAUAAACAACACAGCAAACGUAAAUGGGCAUUACGAAUAAAACUUGAAACUUAUGAAAAUGCUUCACAAGAUGAAGACAGUGAUGGUGAUGUAGAAUUAUUUUCACCAAGAAGUACAGUUAAAUUAAAUAUAGAACAUUCUAAACAAUCUGAAACAAUUAAAAGUAAAGAUUUAGGACAUUUAUCAACAAAAAAUAAAAGUAGGAAAGAAAUGUCGAAGCAAAUGAAUGAGUGCAUGAACUUGAAAUUAAAGAAACGUGAACAACUAGAAAACUCAGAGCACAAUAUCAUAAUAUCAGAUAAUAAAUAUUUAAAAACGAAGCCUGAAAAUAAAUAUGAGUUAAUUGAAAUUGAUAAACGUGAAUCAACUUUAGUAAAAAAUAGAAAAUUAAACAACUGUAAUAAUGUCAAUUUAGGAAAUAUUGAGGAAAAUAAGUUGAAUCAAGAAAAUUGCGUAAUUAUUGAUAAUAAUUCAAAGAGAAAAAUAUCUGAUAAAUUAGCUCCUUUGUUUAUAAAACGAAGAAAACCAGAUCCAGAAGUAGUAGCAGCAAGACGACUCUUUUUGCAGUCAGAUAUGACCGACAAUAAUAGUAAAAGUAUGAAUCGAAAGAUAAAUGUUUAUGGCAUAUUACCAUUUCCACUUAUUAGCCACAUUACACAAUCAAGCAAUGCAGAUUGGAGUGGAACUGAUACUUUUAAUAUUUCAAAAGAUGUUCAUAAUGAAUAUGUUCCUAUUAUAAACGUUAGUAAUUUUAAACAUUUAAUAGAUCAUUCUGAAAUAAAAUUAAAAAUGUCAGAAAAAGUUAACAAACCAAAAAUUCAAGAAACGUUAAUAGAAAUAGAAAAGCGUUGUUCUAAUAUAAAGAAAAUGUGGGACGUUAUUUCAGUUAUUGUUAAAAAAGAAUCUAAUAGAGCAACGUCUCCAAAAACAAGAAAUAAAAAAAAUAAACAGUUAGAAAAAAAAAAAGCAAUGGAAUACAAAAAUAAAGAAGAUCAAUCUGAAUACUACAGUUGGCCAUACAAAUAUAGGCCAAAAAGUACUCAAGAAAUAGUUGGAAAUGAAGAAGCAGCUGCAAAAUUGAAAGAGUGGUUAAUUGGGUGGGAAGCAACAUUUUCAAAUGAGGAUGUUAAUGACGAAGACGAAUUUUAUUCAUCUGAUAGUAAUUACUCCAGAAGGAAGGAAAAUAAUCAUGUAGCUGUAUUACUGGGACCAUAUGGAUGCGGUAAAACUGCGAGCGUGUAUGCAGUAGCAGAAGAAUUCGGUUAUACUGUAUUGGAGUUAAAUGCAUCAUCUAAAAGAACUGGAAAGAAGCUUUUAAAAGAAUUAGAAGAGGCAACUAAAUCACAUCGAAUUAGAAAAGAUGAAAAAGCAUCUGCUCUUUGCAAUUCACUUUUACAUGAGGUUGCACCAAAGAAAAUAUCACAAAACUCUCUUAUUCUUAUAGAAGAUGUUGAUAUUAUAUUUGAUGAGGACGAGGGUUUUAUUUCUGCUACAUAUCAAUUAGCAUCAAAUACAAAGCGCCCAAUUGUUAUGACAUGCCGAGAUAUUUGCCCUCAUCUAAAUAAAAUGGCUCCUCAACAAAAUAGAAUUUAUUUUAAAGAUGCUGUUGGUAACAGCGUGUCUGCUUUUUUAGAAUUGAUUUCAUUAGCAGAAACUGGUUAUAGACUUCCUUUUAAUUACAUAACAGAACUAUUGAAUUGUGGCGAUUUGCGAAAAGCUAUAUUACAGUUACAAUAUUUAUUGCUAUCCGGUCCAUCACAAAUAUCAGAGCAAUCCAUAAAUUUAAGAAACUCAUUUUGGCAAAACAUGCGAUUUUAUUUGUACAAACCAGCAAUUAAAGUUAGUAAAAUGCGUAAAAAGAAAAAAGCUGCAAGUUAUGAAAUAAGAAAUGCUGAUAAAAAUAUAUUAAUGGAUGUAGCAAAUAAAUUGGAUAGCAUAGCUUUACUUUCAUCUUUAAUCGACAUAGAAGAUUCUGCAUUAAAUUUAUGGCAAAUAAAAACACAACCUAAUUUAUCAUUAAUAGAAAACACUGCUUCAUAUUCAGCUUCUGAUAAUAUGUGUCUAGAUCUGGCUGAAUGGAUAAGUAAUAAAGUCGUGUAUAAGAAUCAAUUAAACAAAUAUAUCAAUGGAAAACAAUAUCAAGAUAUUAUACUAAAAAAGCAGUUGAAUAAAGCAGUAAAUUUUGCGUUAUCACAGACCACAUCGUUAUUGCUUGAUCGUCAAAUUAUAGCUACAGAUUAUCUUCCAUCUGUAAGAACAAUAUGUAGAGUAGAAGAGUCUAGAGUUAAUACGAAUAAUAAAAGGGGAAAUCGAUUUUUUCAUUACCUUUAUAAUUUGAAAGCAUCAUCUACGCUACUUAAGCCCAAUAUUUUAACAGCAGCAUGCAAAAUAAUGUACGAUAAAGGUGAUAAUGACAUGCACGUAAAUGAACAGAUCAGUUCAUAAUACCAAUCUCAUAUAACAAUUAAUUUUUUUAUCACAUAUAUUAUAAAGAUUUAUAGACAUAUAGAAAAAAUAUUUUAAAGUAUA